AACAGUCAGUGCUCUUCCAGUCGGUGCUUGCGUCGGUUCAAGGUUCCGUAGAACGGUCGGAAAAGUUGACCUCGCGUUCAGGACCUAAUCGAAAAAAAAAGCGGCGUCAAUCGCGCGCCGGUAGGUGCUACCCAGUCACGAAACUAGUUUCUGGUGGUUUAGGAAGUGCUGAUUUUGGCGUUUGCUGCACUUUAGAUACAGUUCAGAGUAUUGGUAGUUACUGUUUGUCUAUUUUCAGAAAAUGAUCAUGAUGCCGAUAUUUGGGUUGGUCGUUUGGAUGGGGAUCUUGUGCUCGAGCCCAACAACUGUGGCGAUCGAUAUUCCCCCGUAUUGCGAUCACCAUACCACCAUCACCAGCCAGUACGAAGAUUACUUCGACAUCGAUGAGAUGGGCAACAACCGAACCGACAAGAACGUCGUAGACCUCAUCCUGUACGUCCAACUGUCCAACAAACAAGAGGAAAUCGCCCUGCUCCUGUCGGCUAGCAACCGUUCCCGUCAGCACCCGGACUACGAGAAAACCUACGAGAUCCGCAUCAGCAACGUCUACACCGUGAUCUAUAAGGAAACCCUCAGAAUGUCCGCUCACCACAGCCACUCGUUCAACUUCUUCCCCGCGGAGCACUUCCAGCUACACAUCAAGAUCACCCGCAAGGGCAUGAUCACGGUCGUGAUCGAUGGCCUGGCCAAGCCGAUCCUCUCCGUAGUCGACGAAAACCCGGCCAUCGACGUCCACUUUGCCAGCUUCGGAUCGCGAAUGAACGCCUACCCGAUCACGUGGUACUUCAACUGUCGAUCCCCUCCUACGACGGCCCUACCCGAAACGGAGAAACCCGGCGAAAACGAAGGCGAGGAUCACUUCAGUCAGAACGACGCCGCCGAACUGGACGAGAACAAGUGCCCCGUCUGUCCGAAGCCGGCCAAAUGCGAAGUGGUGGUUCGGGCCUGUUCGGACAACUCGCAGGAUCUGCUGAAGAUGAGCGACGCCGAGAAGCAGAAGUACUUUUUCUACUUCAAUGUGUAUUUGAGCAAGAACGGCAAGAAUGGAAAGGCUAUUGCUUCCGGGUUUAACAAUGAUAACAAGAUCGAUUAAAAAGGGGUUGGUUUUUGGAAAACAAAUUAGAAUUGACAUAUCUGGCUAUGGUUGCAUAUCUCACAAAUGGCAAUUGAAUUCUUCCAAGUUUUAAACUCUUGUUAGAUUUAGCAAUUCUCUAUUCAGAUUAUAGAUUGUUGAUCUAGUGUUUUACAUAUCAAUUUAUGGAACAAAAAACUACACUUUUCCUCACCUUUUACAUGUUCUAAUCUAUGUAGCUCAAGAUACAAUUCAAUAAAUAGUUUAAAGGUUAGAUUUCUUUUUGCAAUCUCUUCUAAGUAGCACACGUUGAUGAUAAUCAAACAAGACAAUAAAUGACGAUAAGUACA